CUCCUUCACGUCUCCCACCCCCACUCUCUCUCUCUCUCUCUCCCUCUCUCUGCUUCUCCAAAGCCUUCGCUUUUAACACUCUCUCCACACACUCCUCGACGCCCGCCCGCGAGGGAGAAGACAUGCCUUCGGACACGAGCGAGCGCAGGCCGGCCCGGCCGCAGGCCUCCGCCGCCGCCGCCGGGGGAGCCGGCCUGCACCACCCGCCGCCCCCGCCGCCGCAGACCGAGGCGCUGCCCUGCCCGCGCUGCGACUCCACCAACACCAAGUUCUGCUACUACAACAACUACAACCUCUCCCAGCCCCGCCACUUCUGCAAGUCCUGCCGCCGCUACUGGACCCAGGGCGGCACCCUCCGCAACGUCCCCGUCGGCGGCGGCUCCCGCAAGUCGGUGUCCGCCUCCGCCUCCUCUUCGAAGCGGCCCCGCUCAUUGUUGGCUCAGCCCCCGUCCUCGUCUCCUUCCUGCAACUCCUGCAACUCCUCCUCCGUGACCCACGACCCCCUGCAGGGAGACAGCCCGGGCUUGCUCCUGGCCCAGGCGAAGUCCGAAGUGGGCUCGGGCGAUCAGGUGAAGAGGAGCGAGAAUGCGGCGGGGCCCGGGGUCUGUCCCGGUCACCUGGGCUUCGCUUCUCUGCUCGGCUCGCAGGGGGGCCAAGGGUUCUUGGCGCUGGGCGGGCUCGGGACGGGGCUGGACGGCCUGGGGUACGGGUUCGGGAGGGCGGUCUGGCCCUUCAGCGAAGUCGGCUUCGUCGACGGCGUAGGCGUGUACGGCGGCGGCGGCGGCGGCGGGGGACCGGUGGCGACGGCGGCGGGAGGCAACGGGUGGCAGAUGGGGAGCGGGGAGGGCGGAGGAGGGUUGGUGGACGGGGACGGGUUUGCUUGGCCGGAGCUUGCGAUUUCGAUGCCGGGUCAGGGCCUGAAGUGAGAGGGGGGCGGUCAUCAUCUUGCUGUUGCUUUUUUCUGUGUUGGGUUUUGGGCAAGGCUCGAGAAGUCAGGGGGUGGUGGCAUCGGGGUUUUCUUUGUUCUAUCUUUUUAGGUUGGUAUAAGUAUUCACUGAUAGAGGUUCAUUACAGGUUUUUUACAUAGGAGAUAUUGUGAUGAUGACCACUGGAAUAUGAUAUGAUAUGAUGUUUUAGCGUAGUAGGCAGAUCGUCGUUCAGUCAAUCUUUUUGGGUUUUGCUCUCUGCGGUUUGGUCAAUGACUGCCCUGUAUAAAGUCUUCGAAUGUGGACAUCGAAAUUGGAAGUCAAUGACUCGUUUUGGUUUGGUCCGA